AUGUCAUUUAAAAAAAUCAAGAAUGGGACGGGUCAUUCACACUCAUGCACAGUUUUGCAGCCAAAUGUUCCUCUAGCUGUCGUUGAGGAGAUCCUACUGAACCUGCCUGAACAUCAGGUGGUGCGAGUCUGUCGGCUGGUGUGUCGUGAGUGGAAGGAGCUGGUGGACAGUGCUGCACACUGGAGAGAGCGCUGUCGGAGAGAGGGGAUCCAGCCCUGUGAUGCUUCCAGACCCCCAAAGGACUGGCGCCUGUUUUACUUUAUAACUAAGAAGCGACGGAACUUGCUCAAGAAUCCCAGAGCUGAUGAUGAUCUUCACGGAUGGGAGAUUGUACAGAAUGGAGGUGACCGUUGGGCAGCCGAGGAAAAUAGGAAACCAUUUCCGGACGACACAGUCACCAAAUGUUUUGUAACAUCUUAUGGGUUAUGUUUGAAACGACAGCUGAUUGAUUUGACGGAAGAAGGUUAUAGUGGUGCUUUCAUGGAUCAACUGCAACCUCCUAUCAAAAUAUCAGACUGGUAUACCCCACACUCACAUUGUGGAAGUGAAUAUCGGAUCUGUGUAGUGUUGCUUGAUGAGAAGAAGAAACCCAUCAGUACCUUUCAGCCUUAUAAAGUUUUCUUGCAACAGGGGGACAAUUAUCCAUGGUGUCAAAUGACCCGCGUCUUUAAGGAUUAUGGACCUGGAGUUCGGUUUAUCAGUUUCACUCACGGUGGGAAGGAUACACGGUUCUGGGCAGGCCGUUAUGGAAUACGGCUCACUAACAGUAGCGUGGAGAUCUGUCCUGCUGCAGAGAGGUUGAGAUGCACAAAACCUAACUUGCUCAAGAAUCCCAGCGCACAAGAUGGACUUCACGGAUGGAAGAUUGUACGUAGUGGAGGUGACCACUGGGUGACGGAAAAAAAUAGGAAACCCCUUCUGGACACAGUCACCAGAUGUUUUAUGACAUCUUAUGAGCUAUGUUCGAAACGACAGCUGAUUGAUUUGACGGAAGAAGGUUAUAGUGGUGCUCUCAUGGAUCAACAGCAACCUCAUAUCAAAAUAUCAGACUGGUAUGCCCCAACCUCUGUUAGUGGAAGUGAGUAUCAGAUCUGUGUAGAGUUGCUUGAUCAGUGGAAAAACCCCAUCAGAACCUUUCAGCCUAAGAAAGUUAUAUUUUCAUUUGGGAAUGAUGAGCCGUGGUGUCAAAUGGCCCACGUCUUUAAGGAUUAUGGACCUGGAGUUCGGUUUAUCCGUUUCACUCACGGUGGGAAGGAUACCCAGUUCUGGGCAGGCCAUUAUGGAAUACGGCUCACUAACAGUAGUGUGGAGAUCUAUUCAGCUGAUGACUGGUUCAGUCUCAGAAAUCGUAACUUGCUCAAGAAUCCCAGUGCACAAAAUGGACUUCAAGGAUGGGAGAUUGUACAGAAUGGAGGUGACCACUGGGAGACAGGAAGAAAUGGGCAAAUAUUUCCGGUCACCAGAUGUUUUGUAACGUCAUAUGGGUUAUGUUUGAAGAAGCAGCUGAUUGAUUUGACGGAAGAAGGUUAUAGUGGUGCUUUCAUGGAUCAACAGCAACCUCAUAUAAAAAUAUCAGACUGGUAUACCCCACACUCUGAUUGUGGAAGUGAAUAUCGGAUCUGUGUAGAGUUGCUUGAUGAGAAGAAGAAAACCAUCAGUACCUUUCAGCCUGAGAAAGUUUCCUUUCAAAAGGGAAAAAUGUAUCCAUGGUAUCAAAUGGCACACGUCUUUAUGGAUUAUGGACUUGGAGUUCGGUUUAUCCGUUUCACACAUGGCGGGAAAGACACAAAAUUUUGGAAAGGCCGGAGUGGAAUACAGGUUACUAACAGUAGCGUGGAGAUCUAUCCAGUCUGAUGCUACAGAGUGUUUUCCAUAUGUUUUUUUUUUUUUUUUACAUUCCUAAAUUUAACAGGUGCAAAAGUGACCUUCAAAUUGGGAAUUGUAAUGACACGUUAUGCCAUAAGGAGAUAUAUAAAAUAUAUAUCAAAUACAA